AUGUCUCAACCCCAGGCACCUACCGCCCCUGAUACUGCCGCCAACGCCCUGUCCCGGGACACUUGGUCCAAGGACUGCGUCGUCUUCAACGGAGAAAACGGUCCGAUCAUCGCCAGUGGCAAUUCUUUCGGCCCCGGCAUCUCCAAGGUCAAGGCAAGAUUGUGCAGUCUGAAGUUCGUCGACACUACGUUCUGUCAUGCGCUGCGGAUCGACAUCCCCCUUGGUCUAGACAAUGAGGAUCGCGGCUUUGGUAAAGUCUACCAGUAUAGGGGAUUAGGCCACAUAGAUCCUGUUGAUUAUCGGAGCAUCACCCUCAGGUUUCCUGUGGGCGACAACAAGUGGGACUUCGAGCCAGCACCUCCUGAGUUGCUCUCACGGUUCCCGGAUCGCGACGACAGGAAGUACUGCUUUGUAACCGUCCACUUGCGGGAGAACCCAACCGUCGUCGGCUAUGGCUUGCCUUUCGCCAACGCGUCGGCGCCCGAGCUUGAGGAUUGGUACUAG